AUGGGUCGCAAGAAGGUGAGCCUCCAGCGGAUCCCCAAUGACGCGGCCCGGCGCGCCACCUUCAGAAACCGCCACGAUGUCCUAGUGAAGAAGGCGAGUGAGCUAUCCACUCUCUGCAACAUCAAGGCUUGUGUGAUUGUGUAUGGCGAGGGAGAGGCGCAGCCCGAGGUGUGGUCAUUUGUCGAUGAGGUGGUACCCAUUCUGCAUCGAUAUAAGGCCAUGCCUGAGAUUGGACAGUGCAAGAAAACUGUGACCCAGGAGGACUUCCUCCGCCAGCGCAUCGACAAGCUCAAAAGGCAGGUCCACAAGGCGGUCCAAGAGAACCGUGAACUUGACACGGCAUGCCUAGUGCACAAGGCCAUGCUUGGCCACCUCCCGAGACUCGAGGGCCUCACCGUCGAGGAGGCCGCCAAUGUUGGCCAUCAGGAGACUUGGCUCAACAAGGUGAGGCCCCCUCAGGUCCACAGUGGAUUUACUGGUGGCAACAAUGCUACCUCCAGCAUGGCCCACAACAACAUGGCUAGCACCAAUGCCAGUGGAGGGUUCUCACGGCAGUGUCAUGCUGGUACUGGCAAUUCUAGUUCGUCUUUCCAUCACAUGUAA